AUGAAAGAAUGUCGAAAUUCUAUAUUAGCGAGAAGACUCAGGAUUCUUUUGGCUAUUCAACUUACCAUCGUACAUUUCGAAGAGGCCCCAAAGCAAUCAAUUUCGAUAUGUCUUCUUUCCACAUUGCGAUUGCCGGUGCAACAGGCAAUCUCGGACAAUCAUUCGAUUUUCAAAUCACUUCUUGACGCUGGAUUCAUUGUCACAGCCCUAUUUCGACCUGGAGGCAAUGCUUCUGCUUUGAUCCACACUCAAUCUCAUCAUCAAAGUAGUCGACGCCCUCACCUCCUCCGACUCACUCCACUCCAACCCGCUCUCCUUGGAAUAGACAUCAUCAUAUCAUGUGUUUCAACGCUAGGGAUAGGCAGCCAGAAACCCCUCAUAGAUGCUUUAGUUGCAGCUGGGGUGCGGAGAUUCAUCCAAGCAGAGUUUGGAAUGGACUCUGCCAAUGGUCUCUGA